AUGGAUAUUAGCACAGAAAACUGGGGACAGGCGAGCACCCAUUUACUGGAGAUGGUGUCAAAUGUGGACUUGGUCACAGGGAACAGGGCAAAGCUGAGAUGCCUGAACAGAGAAGAGACAAGAUCUCAGGUAUGCUUUACCAUAGAAUUUUAUGUGAUGGCGGUAGAAUAUGGGCAUGAACAGGAAUACAGAGCAAUUGUUAGUAUCCAGAACAAUUGUUUAUUUGCUACCUGUAUUUUAACUCUCCGACAAUUGGUAACAGACAAGCUCGUUCUAACAUUGGCUUGGCGGGCCAAAAAGAUGAGUCCACAUCUGGCUCGUGGUCACGGCGAUUUUCCCUCAGACUUGUAUUACCUCCAGUCUCUCAGGAAACUACAGACCAUCAGUCAGCAAUGUAAAGAGGACGAAGAAAAGCCAGCUGACAAUCGAGCUCGCAACCCAGUCAGCGCUAGGAGGUUCUCCAGCACUGACCUUCUCCGUCACAUCCUCUCAUCCCCCGACAUCUUCUUCGAGCCUCAUGCUUGUCACAAGAUCGUCCCUAGGAAAGGGGGCACCAGGACCUUGGUUUGGUCUGUGCCACUAUCUUUCACCCACAUCAGACACGGCUCCCAGCAAUGCCGUAUAUAUUUGGGUCUUGAUAAGGACUCGUUUGAAGACUGCUCUCUUCUCAUCUCUCUUCUGCCCAUAAUUAGUGUUUCCACAGCUGUUCCUGACAAGAACACUUGGACUAAAGAUUGGGACAGUUUACAGCUUAAUCAACUUGUCUGCUCCUGGCGAGAUCAGUCUGCCAUGAAGGGUUUUCUCAUCGUCGCUCUCUUGAGUGCAGCUGGAGCUGUUCUGGCUAAAGACUCUAAAGAUAAUCAGGAAUCAUCAUACAAUUUUACUAUUCCUUACAUGGUCUAUCUUCAGUCCUUCCCAGAACCCUGUGUGGGGUCUCUCAUUCAUCCUGACUGGGUAUUGACAGCUGCCCACUGCCCCUUACCUGUUGAAAUCCGACUGGGAGUUUCUCAACCUAGCAUCACAAAUAAGAAACAACAGAUACGAAACUAUUCAUCGAUUGUGACCUACCCUGACUUUGAUGCAAAAUCCUUGAACAAUGACCUAAUGAUGAUCAAACUGUCAACGCCGGCUUCACUCAACCCCCAUGUGGGGACUAUAGCCAUAGCCUUGGAACCCAUUCCAUUUAAUGAGUCCUGCUUUAUUCCAACCUGGACCUGGAAUGAAUAUAAAAACCUCAGUGAUCCUGACAUCCUGACAUGGAUCAACCAACAUUCUCUUCCAUUCCAUGACUGUCAGGAUAGACUCAAAGAAGAACAGGCAGGAAACAUCAUUUGUGUGGGACACCCUCUAAGGAUCCUAUCUGAAAACAAGGAAGUUUCGGCAGCCCCAGCCAUCUGCAAUGGGAGGUUGCAUGGAAUCUUGUCCUGGGCAGAAGGAAGCGUCACCCUAGGAAGUGAAGGAUUCUUCACAGAUGUUCAUCACUAUGCAAGAUGGAUCUUGAAAAUUAUGGAUACCCACUGA